GCAUUGUGGUCGCCGGUGCUCGGCUCGAAACAGAAACCACACCGCAGCUAACUACGUUACCAUUCAGCCCGCACAGGACGUUAAAAAGCUCAGCACUUCUGUGACCGUCUACAGAGGCCAUGACGUCCACAUCGCAGAAACACAGAGACUUCGUGGCCGAGCCCAUGGGCGAGAAGCCCGUGAUGGCUCUUGCAGGCAUCGGAGAGGUCCUCGGCAAAAGACUGGCGGAAAAGGGUUUUGACAAGGCGUACGUUGUCCUCGGGCAGUUUCUAGUGCUAAAAAAAGACGAGGAGCUGUUCCGAGACUGGCUGAAGGAUGUUUGUGGGGCAAAUGCCAAACAACAAGGUGACUGCUAUGGCUGUCUUAAGGACUGGUGCGAUGCCUUCCUAUAAGCAUUCAGUGGUUGUUUUCUACUUCUGAAGUCCAAAUUGUACAUUUACCUCUUCCGUGGUCAUGAUUUUAUUCAGCUACAGCACAUGUAUGAACUGACACUGUACACACCCAAUGAGGUUUAUCGACACGCGCUCUUCUCGUGGUCUUCAACAAGUAGGUUUAGUCACCAGUUCUCUCUUUCAUUAAUUAGACCUUAUAUAGCAUAAUGACAGAAUGUGAUAGUUAUGUCAGUCUGCAAGCUCUACUCAAUGGCCGUUUUACACAAACAUUUUGACCUGUCAAAGCGCAGGUUUGAUGAAUACCGUUAAUGAUGCCGUUCUUUCCAUUUAGUUCACCAGCAGGCCGUGUCGCCGUCACGCAUACUGGCAAGACGCUAAAUGUACCACGGCCUUGUUAACGGUAUUACACGUGUGUUUGAUGAGUUCAAAUGUUUGUUGCAAGAACACUCUAAGGGAACUUUAACCUGUCUAGUUUUGAGGAGAUGCUGCUCAUGUUCAUAAUCCUCAUGUUGGCCAAGGCCUUUCGAAUAUUACGCCUACUUUCUGUUUAAGGUUUUAAAUUUCUGGUUCAUCUGUUGUUGGUAAUAUACUGAGACUUGUUUUUUUUUUUCUCUAUAAGUUCAAUAAUGCUGGUUUGUUCUGUGUGUAAAACCUUUUACCUUCAGAAAAUAUGUUUGUUUUGCUAAGUUCAGAACACUUUUCUCUCUGUGUAAUGUGAAGAUUUACCAGUACAAUCCAAUACCUACCCUCAGCUCUUGGGCCCCCGUUCGCCUGUUUUUAACGCCAUUGGAAGGAUAUUGAUGUAAGCCGCAUGUCUUCGAGGACAUUUUAAGUGUGGCUGUUUAAUGUGAAAAAUGAAAACCUCAAAAAGUGAUUUGACGCAGAUUAUUUAAAUAUAUGUGCUUAAAUUGUUUAACUUUUGAUCCUGCAAAUGAAGACAGACAUGGCCACACACACCACGUCUGGUCUGCUCUGAGCUUGUUUGGAAACUGAAGAUUUAUAUAAAUAAAGAGGCCGAUGCAACAAACUUAAAUACUGUCAAACAUGUGUCCCUCUGUUGCUGAUGAGCAGACUGAACUUACUAUAUUAAGUUUGCUGGCGAUAAACAAAACAUUCGGUGUGUUCCUGAGCGGUGGCUUGGCGCUAAAGGUGCAGCAAGUAUUUAAAACCUGUCGCAGCUUGUUUGUGUGGAAAUCAGUAAACAUGAUGCAUCGAUCUACACCAUGUUUACUCGAUCUAAGGAACUGGCUAAAGUAGCAGAGAGGAUUUGCUUGGGUGUGACCUAUCCUAUAUAGUACCUGGCUUUGAAAUUAAAUGUCUGUUAUUGGUUCCAGUGGCUUUAAAUGAGGGUGAACUCCCACCUACACUGUAUGUCAUUUGUGUCACCACAAAGAAGCCUGAUUGUAGGUCAGGUCUUCCUAGCUGAGCUUGAUAUUGUCUUCGACUGUAUUUCUAAACAUGAGAUGCCUUAAUGCUAGUUCAAACAUUUAAUAAAAGUCAAAUAAAACCUGCAGCAGUGCAUGUCCGGGCUGUAUCACAUCAUUUUCCGCUCACAUUGACUGAUGCUUACACCCACCAGCUGUACGAGGAUGUAAACGUUGUGUAGCAGCUCCUUGUUUAAACGCUGGCCCACGUGUUUGUAAGAAACCUCGACGCUUUUAUAUUGCUUUUAUUAUUAAAAAAAAAAACAAUAAAAGGCAAGUAUCAGAUUUGGA